UAUCCAACUGUGGAGUUUUCAAACAAAAAUCGAUGAGCAUAUAGUAAAGAAUACUUUAAGAAACUGAAGCACUGCAUUAGAGGAGCACUUCUCAAGCUGAGGAACAUAUCCAAAAUGUGGUAUCUUCUUAUGGUAUUUUAUUUCACCCUAAUUCUUGGAAAUAUUCAUGGAAACUUUCAAAAUCAAAACUUUGUAAACCCUGAAGCAAAUAUGAAUAUUAGUCAAAUAAUUUCCUACUGGGGCUACCCUGAUGAAGAGUAUGAUGUUGUAACUGAAGAUGGUUAUAUCCUUGGCCUUUACAGAAUUCCUUAUGGGAAGACAAAUCUUAAGGGCAAUCCAGGUAGAAGUGCUCCGAGGCUUGUUGUGUACUUGCAACAUGGUUUGCUUAUGUCUGCCAGUGCCUGGAUUUCCAAUCUUCCCAACAAUAGCCUAGGCUUCCUUCUGGCUGAUGCUGGCUAUGACGUGUGGAUGGGAAACAGCAGAGGAAAUACCUGGUCCAGGAAACAUGUAUACCUAGAAACAAAUUCCAGUGAGUUCUGGGCUUUCAGUUUUGAUGAGAUGGCAAAAUAUGACCUUCCAGCUUCCCUUGAUUUUAUUGUGAAGCACACUGGGCAAGAAAAAUUGUUUUAUAUUGGCCAUUCACAGGGCACUACUAUUGCUUUCAUAGCAUUUUCCACAAUGCCAAAAAUAGCUAAAAGAAUCAAAAUAUUGUUUGCCUUAGCACCAGUGGCUUCUAUUAAGCAUACAAAAUGCCCUUUAAUUAAAAUGGCUUACAAGUUGAAGAGAGUAAUCAAGGUUUUUGCUGGCAACAAAGACUUCUUACCUACAACCUCCUUUAACAAUUUUGUUGGUCCAAAGAUGUGUUCACUACUGAUGUUAAAUAAGAUUUGUCUCAAUUCUUUGUUUAUGCUGUUUGGAAAAGAUACAAAGAACAUAAACAUGAGUCGUUUGGAUGUAUAUUUUUCACACAAUCCAGCAGGAACAUCUGUUCAAAAUAUAUUUCACUGGCUUCAGCUGCUACAUUCUCCGUACUUAAAAGCUUUUGACUGGGGCAGUCCUGAUUUGAACUUAGUUCAUUUUAAUCAGCCCACUCCUCCAUUAUACAAGGUGGAGAAUAUGAAGGUUCCAACUGCAAUGUGGAGUGGCGGGCGAGACAGACUGGCAGAUCCCAUAGAUGUUAAAAAACUGGAGCCCAAAAUUGCCAAUCUUAUUUACCAUAAGAAGAUUCCUGACCAUACUCAUCUUGAUCCUGUAAUAGGUUUAGAUGCUCGUGAGCAAAUUUUUGAUGAAAUCAUUGCAUUCAUCAAUGAAGAUCAAUCAGACUGA